AUGGGGUUGGGGUGCCGCUUGGCAAUUGGCUGGCGAGUAAGAGCAAGUGCCGCCCAGUUGACUGGCCGACUUUACACCCCUGCAGGUGUUGUGUUUGCUUUGGACGGUCAUAAUGAUCCCAAGGAGCGGGUGUUCCUGGAAGCAGCCGAGAGAGGCGACAAACACACGAUGAUGCGGUGCCUGUCGCCGCCCAGCGCCGUCAACGUCAACUGCACGGACAUACUCGGGCGGUCGGCCAUCCAGAUCGCCGUCGACAACGAAAAUGUCGAGAUCGUCGAACUUCUGCUACUCCAGGAGAAUGUCAAGAUCGGCGAUGCCCUUCUCUACGCUAUAACAGAGGGCGUCUACAAGAUCGUGGAGAUGCUGAUUAAUCAUCCCAGCAUCACUCCAGAGAUGCUGGCCAAUGACUGGGUCAAGGUUCGAGCUGGCGGGGAGGAGAGUAGUGACUUCGACCCCAACAUUUCUCCCAUAAUCUUAGCCGCUCAUUGCAACCAAUUCGAAAUUCUCCAACUCUUCCUCUCGAGAGGCGCUUACAUCGAUAAGCCGCAUCCCCUCUCCUGCUCCUGCCGCCAGUGCACCGAAGGAUUCCACGCCGAUUCCCUGAGAUACUCCCUCAGAAGGAUUCACACCUACAGGGCCCUCGCGUCGCCUGCUUGGAUAUCCCUCACUUCAGAGGACCCCAUCUUAGCUGCCUUCAGAUUGUCGUGGGAGUUGGAGCGCCUUGCACGUGUCGAGAACGAGUUCAAGGACACUUACUUGGAACUGAGCGACCAGUGCAAAAAAUACACCUGUGAUCUCUUACACCAGUGCCGUUCGACCGAAGAGGUCAUCGCUGUCCUGAACAGACGGAGUGAAGAAGACUCUGACGAAGAUGAAGACGAAGAUGACCCUGAGAGACUCAAUUUGUCGAGACUCAAGUUGGCCCUCAAGUACGACCAAAAACAGUUCGUGGCACACCCAAACUGCCAACAGCUGCUGACCUCCGUGUGGCACGAGGGCCUGCCGAUAUGGCGACGGCGCAACGCCAUCGUCAAGAUCCUUCUGUGCCUCUCAAUCAUCCUGUGCAUGCCCUUAAUCGCCGUUAUCUACCUCAUCUUCCCAAGGACACGGCUGGGUAGGGUCAUUAGGUCACCUUUCAUGAAGUUCAUCUACCACAGCGCCUCCUUCGGCUUAUUCCUGGUUCUCCUGGUGCUGGCAUCGACGAGGACUGAAGGGAGCGAGAGGCACCGUAGGAACCUUCGUGGUCCGGCCCCGACAUUCGUCGAGUGGCUCAUUUUCUUCUGGGUGACUGGAAUGGUGUGGGCAGAAUGCAAGCAGCUUUGGGAAGAGGGACUAACCGCCUAUAUCCGGCAGUGGUGGAACUGGCUGGAUUUCAUUAUGUUGUCACUCUACCUUUGUACCUUCAGUCUUCGAGCCGUGGCCUUCAUUCAGAUCACCACAAAUAAGUACGGGCCAAGAGAGGUUCCUAGGGCACAGUGGCCCGCCAACGAUCCUACGCUGAUCGCUGAGGGCGUCUUCGCAGUGGCGAACGUGUUCUCUUUCGCCCGAAUCAUAUACUUGUUCCAGACUAAUCCACAUCUCGGGCCUUUGCAGAUAUCUCUAGGAUGCAUGAUAAUAGACAUCGCUAAAUUCCUCUUCAUCUUCUUCCUCGUACUGACGAGUUUCGCUUGCGGCCUGAACCAAUUGUACUGGUACUACGAUUCACCCAGAGUCUCUUGUACCAAGACCCCUGGAGACGCUGCCUGCAACGCAGGCUCGGAUGCCUUUAACACUGACGCAGGAGAGUACAAAGGAGGCUUCAAAACGUUGGACGUGACCUUUGCCACGCUGUUUUGGUCUCUUUUUGGGAUCAGCUCUCCCAAGAGCACAGACCUCGAGGAGGAGCAUGGAUUCAUUGAGACAGUGGGACAGGGCUUAUUCAUGGCCUACCACGUGAUGUCCAUCAUUGUUCUCAUUAAUAUGCUCAUUGCUAUGAUGUCCAACAGUUUCCAACAGAUCGAGGACCACGCUGACCAGGAGUGGAAAUUCGCCAGGUCAAAGUUGUGGAUGAGCUACUUUGACCCUGGGUCGACGUUGCCCGCCCCGUUCAACCUGAUCAUCAGCCCGAAGGCCAUCUUCUACUGCAUGAGGGGCGUCAAGAACUGUAUCCACUCCCUCUGCUACAGGAGGAGCCGCAGGCGACCUGACAAGAGGAAGAGCUUCGCCAUGGAGAAGGGGGGCUGUACUGGCGGGAGAGGUUCGGCCAACAAAUACGCAGAGGUGAUGCGUCGCUUAGUCUCGAGGUACAUCCACCAGACGAAGAAACAGCACAGACAAGACGGAGUGAACGAGGACGACCUGUUGGAGAUCAAACAGGAUAUUUCGAGUCUCAGAUACGAGCUACGCGAAGACCGCAAGAGGGAGACCGCGAGGGCGUACGGACAAAUGGACUCCAUCAAGAAAGACAUCCUUCGCCUCCUGAAGCAGAGCGGACGCGGCGGCGGGCGCGGCGGGGGUGGGGGCGCCAAGGAAACGGAAAUAGGCGCGGUAGGAGACACCUCCGGCAACCCCUUAGUCCUGACGACGACGACGGCCGCGCCAUGCCCAGCCUGCGCCCACCAAGCAGCCACUGCUUCCGCGGUGGCAGCCGUCAGCAUAGGCACGCCGGGCAUCCUGCAGCAGCACUCCGUGGAUCUUGGGAUGCUGGGACGGGAACCGAACACGUCCGCUGUCGAUAUCACCGUCACGCCCGCUUCCUCCUUGCCCUGCAAUCUGACUUAUUCACAGGCCACGAUGGGUGUUCUGUCUCUACAAAGUCUGCUUCUACCCUGCGGAAAUUUGACUGGCUGCCUGCUUGCGCCGCAAGAGAUGGACUAUCUGCGGAAGGAGAUAGUCAGCAGCCUUCGUAAUGAACUUCGUGAUAUGCUGCGUGAUGCUCUAGCAAGGGCUCUUACUCCCACCACUACCAUGGCUUCACAUUACUACUCUCCGACUCCCACUCCCAACCCUACUCCUCAAUUAGCCACUACUCCACUUGGACAACCAUCGCCUGUUGCUUCCCAGCAAUACCCCUUGGUAGCUUCACCACAGGGAAAGAGGUCCUCAUCACCUCCAAGCAUCCCACAGCACUUGUCUUAUCAGGCACCCUCUGGGGCCCAGUACCAGAGCUCAUCUCCCACAACUGAGUUGGCACCAGCUCCGUUCUUGAGAGUGUCAUCCAAAACUAGCUCGGAAGCACUUGACCCUAGGACAAGUCCCGCACCUCACCAAUCAUCGCCCAAGUCAAGUCCAGUCCCAUCCUCUUCUCCGAGAUCAAGUCCAAUUCCUCAGCCUAACCAGAGGCCUAGUUCCAGUUGUGGCCAAGUCCCCAGAUCCCACGGAAGCCCACAAGUGACUCCUUCAAGUGCCAGCCAAGUUCUUCUCCGCCCUCCGAGUGAGUCCGACCGUAUGACCACACACAUGUACACACAGCUCUGAAGUUUGUUUGGCACAGAUAUACAGGUGCACGUUUCAAUUUUCGAUUCCUGGUGCUUUUGCCCUUGAAGCAUAGGCAAAACCUGCUAUGACGGAAUACCAGGCGCCAGUCAGAAUCACUGUUUUUACAAAUACAGUGUGACUGGUUGAGGUAGUCCCAGAUUCUGCUAUUAACGCCAGCACUUUGGAUGGAUGGUCUUUUGCAAGAUGAGCUGGACUUGGUUAACAUGGGUUGGCCCCCAUGGUAUUGUCCCAUGCCAGCUGCACUGAUGCAGGAAUCAUUUUUUGUGACCUGGAGAGUUGUAAGUAAUUUCAGUAUUGAAGGCAGCUAGCUCUUCUCGACAAGGUAGAAGAGAGCCCAAUGACAUCAUUCUUAGAUUUACUGCAUCAGGGAGUCAACAGUACCUCCAAGUACCUUGCGAAAAUGCAGUGUAAAUUUUUUUAAUACACUGACAUAGAUGACAUCCAGGUUUAAGGAUGCCACAAGGAGUCUCCCAGACUCAGACGAUGAUGAUGGACGUAAAUAAAUGUUUUGUUAUAGGAGAGAUGUUGGUUUUGGGUAAACCAUUAUCUUUAUAGAACUGUUGCAUUUUCUACGUGAAUAUGCCUGGUCAAGGAAGGUCAACAGAAAUGGUUUCUGGAAGAAAUGCUCAGAAACUGCUGAAAAAGGAGAGACUGGAAUUUGAGAAGGUGCCUGUUAGUGAAGAUUAUUUUACGUUAUACACGACGAAUGUCAAGUACCGGAGAAAAAGUCGAUUGCCGGCAUCACGCGGCAGUGAGAACUGACAGUUUUCAAUUACCAGAACCUGUGUUCCUUAGGGCAAGGAAUCAAAGAACAUACUCACUUUAAAACACAUUUCUUACACUGUUGAUAGUCAGUUUGCAAUAAUAGGAAAAAAUAUUGUUUUUAUUUCAUAUUUAUUACAUAGUGCUCAUAGAAUACUUUUAAGACUGCGCAAGCCAACAGUCAGUUAAGGGAUGAAACAAAUUUCCUAUUUUAACGUACUUUUAAUCUAUUGCUGUCUUAGAAAGAUCAGUCUAGAGACAUAGAAACUUACUAAACAAAGCAGUGUAUAGAAAACGGAGUUAGCUGUGAAAUUUUAAAUGAAGCCUUCUGCGACCGACAUAUAUACAGUUUUGCAAUACUCAGAAGUUGAAGCUGUCUGUCAUGAGCUGGAAGGUAUGUAUCACGACCCAAGAAACUCAGCUAGUUAAGGUGCAGAUGGUGUUUUAGACUUAGUCUUCUCUGUUUGUUUUGUUUAAUCUAUUUUUCUUUUAUUCUUCUGAUUCACAAAUCUGCGACUGACGACAUUAACUGCAAAAAUCGAGGAGAAGCAAAGAUUAAUGAUACUCUUUUCUGAAGUCUUUGUUGGCCCUCAUUUAUCUUCUGUAUGAACGACUAGUCUUGAAUUAAACAACGCCAUAUGUUGCCAUGUCAGCCUGUCACAGAUAGUCUGGAGAUCUAUUCGCACCUGCUAACUGACAGACUUAAACACCAGUGAGCUCCAUUUAACCUAAAAGAUACUCUCUCAGAUUUAUAACAAAGUUUGUUUGUUUGUCGAAUCCCAAAUAACCUACCAGCCAUAGACAGGACCAGUUUGUCAGCGUUCUUCACCUAGCUACAACUUGUUUUCAGUCAAAGCCGUUUUGUGCCCUCGUCGGUCUGAGCCGCUGACCAACAAAGGCCCCCCACGACUUCACACGUGGGUCUUUUGUGAUUAUCUGCCAUCUGAAAGUGUUCUGUCUAGUCAUCUGAGACUUAUCAAUUAUGUAAACAAAACACAGAAUCACAAGCAAACACAAAACGGAAAGGGUUCGCCAGGCUGUGUGAGCAAAGAGCCUCUUGCAGCAAAGGAGAUCGCAAGUGCUGUUUGCACCGUUCUCUCAAGGAAGAUUCCUUGUUUUUUUUUUUUUUUUGUGCACUGCAGUAUUUGGAGAACUCCCAUCAGUACAUGUGAUACCUUAUGGACUCGUUUCCUUGAAAUGUCUGGACACACCAAAUGUAGUUCUUCUUCUAUUUUUCUAAAACCAGUGGAGUUUUCCCUCUCUGUUGUUUUAGCCGUAAAGACACUUAACUCUUCGAGGAGUGAACACAAUGGACGGUUGAGGAGAUGUGAAGAAGGUUAUAAAAAAACGAGAAGCAUAAUCUUUCCAUAUGUAUUAUCUGCUUUGGCUUAAAGAAAUAGUUAUCAUAACUUUCCGUACUGAACCUGUUUAUAAUAGAUAGUGUUAAAUACUAGUAUAUUCUUUGUACUAUUAUAGCUUUUCAAUUAAGCUGCUGAUUGAAAUAAAUUACGACAAUGAUUUGAUAUUUGAUAAAAAAAAAGGUUGCUUUGCACUGCAAGGAUAUAGACAGACACAGGAGGUGUAGAAUUCUUUUGUAGAAGUAGAAGGAGGAGAGGAGGCGAAGGCGAAGGAGAAGUUGAGAAAUCAUAGUUUUUGGAGUGAUGAAGUACUACACUCGAAAGAAAUUAUAUGAUUUAUGCUGUUGAUUUUAAUUAUUGUUGUAUAUCUUGUAUUAGCAUGUAAGAAAUGUUGAUAUAGAGAAAUGAUGGUUUAUAUUAAAAAAAAGUUUAACCAUAAAUGCUAUGGGCUUUGCUAUAACGGUAAUUGUAAGUGUUAGAUGUAUAAAUAUUAGACUUAGCAUUGUUUGAAGUUUAUUUUAUUAUAGAUUUGAAAUGGACCAUGCUCAUUGGUCAUAAUUAUUUUUCCUUUUGCAUUAUUGAUGAAUUGCAAUUGUUACUGCCCACUUCACCACUAUACAUUGCUUGCUCUCUAAACAAACGUCGUUUCCACCAGAGUCAAAUCAUCCUCACCUUUUGCAUUUCAUGUCACUUCCGACGCCACAUUUCCUCAUUUCAGCCAAUUUGUUGAAAUGUUAGAAAUGUCAUCAGUUGAUUUUGACAUGUGACUGAUGCACCUGACUACAUCUUGAUUCAGGUCCUGGUCAUUCAGUGUGACAAAUUCAUUUUUACAGAACAUUUUCUUUUUAUUAAACAAUCUCAGACUGCGAAAAUGUAAGCGGUAAUGGCUAUUUAUAUGACAGUCACUUUAUUUGUGUAAUACUGUAUUUUUCUGUAAUUUAAGGUGUUAAGACUAGUUUACUUGAUCUUCAUUUCAGCUACAUUUAUUUUUGAAAGUUUCAAAGACAUUUUGUAGCAAUUUUUAUUAUACAGGAAAAAAAAUAGAAUGAUGUAAUAAAACCCAUUAUGAUAAAAUGACUGCAAUUGAAGUGUUGCAAAAUUUCGUCUAAAAUUUAUAAAUGUGUGAAAAAUAGACCCUUAUUCAUUCAUAAAGACUUUGUGAUGAAUUUUUUUAUCUUGAUAAGAGAGUGAUUGUUCACCAGCUAAUAAUACCCUGACUGCUUACUGAAAAGAAUGACUGAAUUUCCCAUUGCUUUCUAAAUUGUGUGAUUAUCUUCAUUGGUGUAUGACAUUGUUGCCACUGUUUCUGUUAAUUCGUCAUAUUUCCAGUCUUG